AUGGCGCCAACCAAUUUCAAGACGUACGAGUCCCAGGCUAGGCUGCUAGCAGCAGUUCUUGCUAGUGCUCCAGACUUGAAACUCAACUUCAAGGCCAUUGCUGCUCACUAUGGCUCUGAUACGACCACAUCGGGCAUCGAGCACCGCUUCCGGCCCAUCAAGAAGCAGGCUGCAGCAAUACGUGCGGCCGUUGCCAAGGGUGAAGACCCAAAGGAUAUGCAGGACAUUAUCGGCAUGAACGAGAAGGAAAUUGCCAAAUACUACGGCGAAUCCACUCCUCAGGGCCUCGAAUUUCAGUUCCGCACGGUCAAGUCCAACGCCCGCAAACUCCAAGAAGUCUCCCGGGCCGGCGGCAACACCGCCACAGCCCUGGACAUGACCCCUUCGACCCCGCGCAAACGCAAAGCCCCCGGUUCUGCCGCCGCCACCCCUGCCUCGAAGCGGGGCAAGAAGAAGACAGUGGCCAAGGUCGAAAUGCUGAGCGACGACGAUUACGACCAGGACGUGGAUUACGACGAGCUGGACGCCAAGCCCCGCACAUCCAACCAACCUCCGACGCCUUUUGCGCCCGCCAGCGUCCUACACACCGGCCCGGACGCGCACAACGGCGGUGCAAACCCCAACGAUGUUGCCGCGCGGGUUUUGGACACUUCUGCCGUCGACAACGAGCCUGCCCUGGAGCCCGAAGCCGAUCCGCUCCUUUCGCAGCAUUCGUUGGGCGGUUUCGACGCUGUCGAGGACGACGGUGAAUGUUGA